GAGACUUUGAUGGAAUGUGGAUCUCUUCACAAUAACUUGAACAUAAGAAGAAAAAUGACAUCUAGUGCGUUUAGGAAAGCGUGACUAACUCGUGCUAGUAUUCUUGUUGAUCUGGAGCUUGUGAGAAGAUGCACAAGUUGAAUUGAUUCUAUCGGACGGUAUUUCAACCUUGUCUGGAUGUGGUCACACAGUUUUUCGGGUGAAGAUAGAGGGAAGUUUGAAAGGACAUAUAAUGAGAAUAACACACUGCUAGCGGUACUGAGGCUGCGGGCUGCAUCUGGAGCACACGCGAGGAGAGCAGACAGAGGCGCGCGCUUCUGCUGUAGACAGAUACGUGGGAAAGAGAAUAUGUAGAGCCUGCUAUUUCGACGUAAACCAUGGUUUACCAUUGAGCUUUCUUUGAGGAUUUAAGGACAUUUACAAAAAAACGGUUGUUUAAAAGAAGUUGACAGCUCAUCUUCUAUGGAGUCCCAUUGCAAUUUUGGAGACUCGUUGUGGGACAAAAAUGGACCGCACGAACGGACUGAGCUCCAGGAUUAUCGUUGUGUUGCUCCACAGUAAGAUGUAGCCUGUUGUGUGUUCUUGGUGCUUAUGGAAACUUAAUUGCUACAUUUUCAUAAAACAUAGGCUACAGAUGCCACGUUUCAUGCGUAAAGAUACGGACGAUGUAUUUAUUUUGUUGUUAUGAUGCGUGUGCAUUUCAGUUCAACAAUAUUGCAACUGCAUGUCUACAUUUCCAUCACCGUCCAAAGCGUCAGGCAUCUUGUCCAGUGCAUGUGCCCUGCAGUUGCUUGUCCUGGAUGGAGCGUCAAUAAGGGCACGAAUAUAAUCACACGGACACGCCUCGUCAGUCAUUAAACAAAUCAGAUAAACACAGUGUUAAUAUGAUCAAUAGACUGUAUCGACGAGCCCGUAUAUAAGGCUAAUGAUUGGCCUAGCCUCUGUUUACUGAACAUGCCUGCGAGAAUAUGGUGUGAAAUUUUCAGAUGACUGCUGACAGGUCAUUGAAAUAGACAUAUGAUAAAGCAGAGUAAAAGUUUAGAUUCGUAGGUACAUCAUAUUAAACUCUUCAAUAACAGAUGGAAUAUCCAUAGUUGAAAACUGCUGCUCUGACAGUAGAAUGUCUUUGAGAAUUCAUGAACAGGGUGCAUUUUUUGGCUCAUUUAUAAAGAGUGCUUUUUGAAAUAUUUAUAGACACUAUUCUGCAGGAUGAUUGCUGUGAUGAGCAUGGUGAACCAGCCUCCAGACUUGAUGGCCCCCAGGCAAGCGGCCAAGGGUUCAUUUUCCAUCUAAUUGGCCUGAGUUCAGGUGAUUGGAAUUAUGGGGUGAUUUCUAUCUCUACAAGCUGACAGAAACAUGGAUUUGAACUUCUCCACGGUCCGCGAUAGCGAUCAUUUGCUGGAGAGAGACUCAUCCAAGCGCGUUCUGACAGGCUGCUUUCUCUUUGCGCUCAUCCUGACCACACUGCUGGGGAACACACUGGUAUGUGUUGCAGUCACCAAGUUCCGCCACCUGCGCUCAAAGGUCACCAACUUCUUUGUGAUCUCUUUGGCCAUUUCAGACCUGCUGGUGGCCAUCUUGGUGAUGCCAUGGAAGGCAGCAACGGAGAUCGUGGGCUUCUGGCCGUUCGGUGCCUUCUGUAAUGUCUGGGUGGCGUUCGACAUCAUGUGCUCAACAGCGUCCAUUUUGAACUUAUGUGUCAUCAGCGUGGACAGAUACUGGGCGAUCUCAAGCCCAUUCCGCUACGAGAGGAAGAUGACACCCAAGGUGGCGUUUAUUAUGAUCAGUGUGGCAUGGACGCUGUCUGUGCUCAUCUCUUUCAUCCCUGUGCAGUUGAACUGGCACAAGGCUGCAGCGUUGGAGCUCAACGGCACUUACGGUGAGCUGCCGCCGGACAACUGCGACUCCAGCCUUAACAGGACCUAUGCCAUCUCCUCCUCCCUCAUCAGCUUCUACAUCCCUGUGGCAAUCAUGAUCGUGACUUACACCCGGAUUUACAGAAUUGCCCAGAUACAAAUCAGGAGGAUCUCAGCACUGGAAAGGGCUGCAGAGAGUGCCAAGAACCGCCACAGCAGUAUGGGGAACAACUCCAACAUGGAGACGGAGAGCUCCUUCAAGAUGUCUUUCAAAAGAGAAACCAAAGUCCUAAAGACCCUCUCUGUCAUAAUGGGGGUGUUUGUGUGCUGCUGGCUGCCCUUCUUCAUCCUCAACUGCAUGGUACCCUUCUGUGAGCCCAACGGCCCCUCUGAUUUCCUCUGCAUCAGCCCCGGCACCUUCGACGUGUUCGUCUGGUUCGGCUGGGCCAACUCCUCACUCAACCCCAUCAUAUAUGCCUUCAACGCGGACUUCCGCAAAGCGUUCUCCAUCCUGCUGGGCUGCCACAGACUCUGCCCGGGCAGCAAUGCCAUAGAGAUAGUGAGCAUCAACAACAAUGGAUCCCAGCCGCCUGCGUCCCAGUAUCAGCCCAAAGGGCACAUUCCCAAGGAAAGCAACAAUGCCACCUAUGUGAUUCCCCACAGCAUCCUGUGUCAGGAGGAGGAGCUGCAGAAGAAGGAUGGGGUUGGGAUUAAGACCUUGGAGAAACUGUCCCCGUCCCUUUCUGGGAACUUGGGCAGCGAUGCCGAUGUGUCACUGGAAAAGAUUAAUCCUAUAACUCAGAACGGCCAACACAAAACUGUGACAUGUUGACGGGUGUAUGUAUUGGUAUACAAACAUGAGAAGGAACCCAGAGGGAGAGACUUGGCAGUAUGCCUAGCAGAAGUGUGGUAUAUACAAACUGAGCUUCACUGCGAACCUUAAAACUCAAAUCACUAUGGAAAUCUACAGAAUGUUUCAAAUGAAGGCACUUUAUCCUGGAUAACUAUCUGCAAAACACCUUCAGCAUUUAUUAUUAAAGUAUAGACAGAUUUGUUGAUAAAUGUUCCAUAACUUGAAUAAAGUCAAACGAAAUACA